UUCUGACUGAGCUGUGAGCUAUCCUGACUCCCAUCAGAGUACCCAAGAAGAUGGUUGUUAGUGGGGUCCUGGUGUUAGAAUUUCUCUUCAUAGCUGUCCUGAUGAGACCUCAGGAAUCAUGGGCUAUCAAAGAGGAACAUAAGAUCAUCCAGGCGAAAUUGUAUCUGUACCCUGAUGAAGCAGGAGAAUUUAUGUUUGACUUUGACGGUGACGAGAUUUUCCACAUGGACUUAAAGAAUCAGCAGACGGUCUGGAGGCUUAAGGAAUUUAGACAGUAUGCCAGCUUUGAGGCUCCGGGCGCACUCGCCAACAUCGUGGUGGACAAAGCCAAUCUGGAAAUCGUAAUGAAGUGCUCCAACCACAUUGCAGGCACCAAUGUGCCUCCUGAGGUCACCGUGCUGUCCCACGGCCCUGUGGAACUUGGAGAACCCAACAUCCUCAUCUGUUUCAUGGGUAAGUUCUCCCCUCCGGUGAUCAGUGUCACAUGGCUCAAAAACGGAGAGCCUGUCACCAAGGGAGUGUCAUCCACAGUGUUCCUACCCAGGGAAGACAACCUGUUCCGCAAGUUCCACUACCUGCCUUUCGUGCCAUCCACGGAAGAUGUCUAUGACUGCCAGGUGGAGCACUUGGGUUGAGAUCAACCUGUUCUCAAGCACUGGGAGUUUGAAGAGCGAAGCCCCAUCCCAGAGACAACAGAGAACAUGGUGUGUGCAGUAGGCCUGACUGUGGGGUUGGUGGGCAUCGUCAUUGGAUCCUUCUUGAUCAUCAAGUGCAUGAGCAAAGGCAAUGCUACAGGACACUCAGGGCCUCUCUGA